CAAUGAAACCCGCAUUCCUACGUAACCUCAAAAGUUUGUGAAUACAUUUUCGUUUAGUUCUCUAUGUAUCAUCCUUCUAGUCGCUUAUAGCACUUUUUCAGUGACGUGUACAUUAGCAACAUAGACUGCUUCUUGUAACACCGUAAAUUUGAACAUCACAAUACGAAAUUAGAAAUGGCAGGAAAUAAGCCACCGGUGAACGUAAACGAUUCGAAAAGAAAAACAUUCUUUCGAAAUUUAGCUAUUGUGGUCAUCGUUUUUGUUGUAUUCUUUACGUUACCAAGUUUGUGUGGUGCUCAUGGAAAUCACGGUCAUUCACACGAUGAGCCUGCGAGCUUUAAAUACUCCAAACAGGCGAAUGAAGAACUUAUAAAAGACGAACAUCAUCACGAUCACGGUCAUGUGCACAGCCAUGGACAUGAUGGUCAUAGCCAUGAUCAUGCACAUAGUCACGACCAUAGCCAUGGACAUAAACAUGCUGAAACAAAGCCCAGAGAGUUGGAUAUGACCAACAUAUGGUUGCAUUCAAUCGGCUCGACAUUGUUGAUAAGCGCUGCUCCGUUUUUAAUUUUGUAUUUCAUUCCAUUGGAUAACACGGCCGAAAAACAACCGAUGUUGAAGGUUUUAUUGGCAUUUGCGUCGGGCGGUCUUCUAGGUGAUGCCUUUCUUCAUCUAAUUCCACAUGCCGUUUCGCCACACAAUCACCACGACGAUCAUGGUUCUCACGACCACUCACAUGAAUCGCACGACCAUUCACAUGAACCGCACAGCCAUGCACAUGACAUGAGCGUUGGACUGUGGGUACUUGCGGGAAUUAUUACAUUCCUAGCUGUCGAGAAAAUGGUUCGAUUGAUGAAGGGCGAGGGUGGUCAUGGCCACAGUCAUGGACCAGCGAAAAAACCAACUGAAGCGGAAAAGACUGACAAGAAAAAGAGCAGCAACGACAAGAAGGGCAAAACUGCUACACCGAAAAAAACGGAAGAAAUCGAAGUUGCCGGCUACUUGAAUCUGGCCGCCGAUUUCACGCACAACUUUACCGACGGUCUCGCCAUUGGUGCUUCGUAUCUGGCUGGCAAUUACAUUGGCAUCGUGACAACUGUCACCAUUCUACUGCACGAAGUGCCACACGAAAUCGGCGAUUUUGCCAUUCUAAUCAAAUCGGGAUGCUCGAAGCGAAAGGCUAUGGCAUUGCAAUUGUUGACGGCACUCGGUGCAUUGGCUGGCACAGUGAUUGCAUUGUUGGGCAGUAGUGGUGAGGCGUCGCCGUGGGUGUUACCAUUUACUGCUGGCGGUUUUAUUUACAUUGCAACGGUGAGUGUACUGCCGGAAUUGUUGGAAGAAUCGACAAAAUUGGGCCAGUCGCUGAAAGAAAUUGCGGCACUGUUGGCCGGUGUUGGUUUAAUGGUGAUCAUUGCGAAUUUAGAGUAAGAGAACAGUGUCUCCGAGUAGGUAUAUUUAUGUCGAAUUAUCUUUUUUUUUGUUUGGUGAAUUGAAACAAGAUUCGUGUUAUCUAUUUGCGUGCCUGAUGUGUGUGGAUAGAGGGAAUAAUAAUUAGGGUGUAACACUUCACAGUUCUAAUUAGCGUAAUAAUUCCUGUGAAUAUUUGAAAUAUUCGAUUGCGUGAAGAUAAAAAUUGUUAAUAAAAAAUCGAGAAAUCCUUUAAGAAGAGGAAACAUUUAUAAUGCGAAUGGAAGCAAAAUGUUUUCCAUUGUUUACAUUAAAAAAAAAACAUUUCGUUCAUUGAAAAC